AUGUCAUCAAGUCCACUAAUGUCAUUAGCUGAAAAAACAGCUCACAAAAGAAACCUAAUAAAGAUAAGGUUAGCAAGAUUUGGUAGAAAACAUCAACCAAUAUAUAAUAUAGUUGUAAUGAAAGCUAAAAAAGCACAACAAAAAUUACCAAUAGAAGUAAUAGGUACUUAUAAUCCAAUAUCUACACCAAAACCAUUACAUGAUGAAAGUAUACCUAUUAAAGAUGUUGCAUUGGAUUUUCAUAGAGCUAAAUAUUGGUUAGGUAUGGGUGCUGAACCAACUCCUAAAAUUGCAUGGUUAUUUAAAAAAUGUGGAAUAUUACCUAAUUUUUGGCCAAGUACUAGUAAAUUAACUCAAGAAAUUAAUGAACCUGUUGUUGAAGAUAUUAAAGAAACUCAUGAAAUACCUGUAGAAAAUAUAAGAAGAAGAGGGGAUAAAAAGUUUUAA